AUGAUUCAUGGAAGAAACAGUGUCAUCAAAUGCAACUACGAUGUGUCUCAUCACGAGGGAGAUAAGGAAUCCGGUAUGGGCAGGAUACUCAGAAACUCAAAAGGCGAGUUUAUAACUUGUGGUGUGGAGAAGUUUGAAGGAAGACAUACAAUACAAGAAACUGAAUGUUCAACACUAGUACACUACUAUAGUCAAUGCAAUCAGUUUGGUCUUUAG